GCACAAGGAAGGAGCCACACGUUGGAGGGCGACGGCAUUGGCUCCAGGUUCAGUCGUUCGCGUUAUUGGACGCACCCUUGUCAUUUCGCUUCUCGCUAUCCGGGAGCGUAGGUUUGCCUCAGAAGCAAGCAACUGCCUCGUGCUUCUCCUUUCCACCUAGCACCUUUUCGAGGCCCUGCAGCACGUCCUGAGGUACAUUGCGCGACGCUCCCACUUCUUGCGCAGCCAUUGCAUACUUAGCUUCACCCCGGCCCUGCGCGCUUCACAAAUCUCGCUCGCGCGCCCCAGCACGCUCCACGCCAACCGCCCUCUCCUAAUACCCACUGGCCCCGCGCACAGUAGUCGCCCAUUGAGGCUGCCUGUGCCGAUCCAGCAUGCCAUUCUUCAAACAUGUAUUCAAAUCGAAAGAUACAUCCAGGUCAGGGUCCAAGGCCGAGGCCAGCAGCGAGCCUGCACCACGGCCACGAUGGGAAGACGCAUGGUCUCGCAAAGAUGUCGCCCCAGAAGAGAUUCAAGAGCUCGUUCACCUUUGCACUCAAGAGAUGAAAUCGAGAGCUGUCGACAUGCCCUUCAUACUCCUCCCUUUCCGCCCCACUUCCGACUCGAGCGCUUCACGAAACUUCGUGCGUAGUUUCUUCAAAGCACAGUACGAAGGGACACGGCAAUAUCGAGGCGAGAGUCUGAAGCAAGAGCUUCGGCUGUCCGAGCCACUGACGUUGUGCAGUAUCAUCAAAUGGUGUUGGAGUAGGCUACCAGGUGGUGUGGUGACUUGGGAUGCCUACGAGCUCUUUCGCAUUGGCGAAUCUGACUCGAACUUUGCACGUCAUGCUUUCGAUACGUUCAUACCCCUCAGCGUCGACGUAGAGGCACGCCAGCGCAUAAUCUUCGAUUUCUUUGACCUCUUGUCCGCGGUCGCAGCGCGAGGCAAGACCAAUGGCAUGGGCGGUAGGAAGCUGUCGCGCAUGGCUGGCUGGUGGGCUUUUGAAUUCCACGACGACGGGAAUGGCUUCGAUGGAGGUUACCGUACAUGGGAGAAGGCAGCAGACGCUGCAAGUCAUCUCUUCUUUGCGUACCUCCGAUCACUCUCUCCCGAUGCAAAUGCAUUGGGCGGCAUUUCCCUUCCUCGUUCCUUACAAGCAUUGCUUUCCCAAACCGAAUACCCACCACAAGCGCCUGCACUUAUGCAAUCUCGUACGACAAAGGUAGUAAUGAUUGUGGACUCCGUUUCGCCAACGCCAUUUGCAUUAUUACGCCGGGCUAAGAACUUUGAAUACCGGGACGAAGACGCAGCGUUGCAGCAAUUCUCGGCUUAUGACGAUACUGUCAAGGCGCUCACAGAGGAGUGUCGCAGAGUGUUAGAUUCUAUUGCGUCGGCGAAUCAGUCCGUCACGUCACCGGCUGCCACUACCCCAGAUCCAACUUGGUCUCGAUUCGAGGACUUCGGAUUCGCUGAGCUCUUGGACAAUUCUGCUAGCGGAACAAACGGUGCUCCGGCAGCGGGAGGCACGCAUGAGUUCUCUGGGCUUCGAAACGGCGCUCGCUCCAAAGAGACUGACUUCGGCCGGCCAACCACCCCAUCCUGGGCUGAUUUCCUUUCAUCUGGGUUCGCUGAUGAGAACAGCCAGGCCUCGCCCACCACUUUGCUGCUUCCCUCGCAGAAGCUCCCUCCGCUUGGCGAGCCGGCCCGUGUACACAGCUCCCAAUCGCACGUACGCAACAUAAAUGGCUCCGAGGAAGACCUCGAACCAGGCGAACUAGCUAGCAUAACCGCAUUUGAUCUAGAUGAGACGUUUUGGUGGGUGUGGAUGACAAGUCUUGCCAAUGAGGAAACUCCCGAUCGCAAGGCGGCCUUUGGCAGAUGCACAAUCAUUGAGACACGUAUUCCAGGCGGGAAAUGGCUUAUCAUGGAGGAGCAGAUCAAGGGCGCUGCCGCAGGACUCGAAGAAGGGGCUUACAUUGCAGAGAAAAAGUCGAAGUUCAGCUUCACAAAACGCGGACGUCUAGGACGAAGAAAGUCUACUGGCAAGAAGACAGCGCCUGCUGCGAAGGAUCCUUAUAAUCGAACCAACACAAAUACGCCGUCGAGUACUAUUGGCGUAGACCAGCACGCGCGUAUACAGGCUGCAGCUGCUAAGUUGGCACAGAAAGAACGUGAACAGAAAGCCGCGGAACAGCGUGGGCAGCGCCGAGCUAGAAUGGACGAUACUACGUCCGUCAAGACGAACAGUGUGCUGACUCUGCAACCACAUCUACUGAGCGAAGCCGGGCCUGCGAUGAAGUGGGACAAGAGAUUUGGAGAGGGUGCGAAGGACAAAGAUGCCCUGCGGGCGCAGUAUCUUGGAGACAUCCAUGCAGGAAAGGGCACCGAUCUCAAGUCUACAGCUAACGGACGUUCCUCGCCGUUACCUCCUGAGAUUUCGAACCGUGACCUGCCUGCGCUACCUAAAUCUCAGACGAACCUACCUGCAUCGAGGUCGCAGGUGUGGGAGAACCCUGCGAGCAACGCAAGUCAGGACGUCACUAUUACACCGGUUCCGUGGCCCGAGGACUCACCCCUUCCCACACCUAGGCUGGAAUCGGAUGACAAGGCACUGGCUCCUCCACCGGUCUUGAAGACGUCGGUUCCUGAUCAUAGGGCGAUUACGCCGGCGCCCACAAAUGUUCGCCGUAGUGAAGAGCAGACGAAACAGCUCGAACCCAAGAAGCUAGAGAAGAAGAAGAAGGAAGGCGGUGGCGGUUUCAGGAAGCUUUUUGGCAGGAAAAAGACUGACAUCUCCGCUCCAGCUGCUGUCAACCAGCCGAGGCCCUCGGAGGACGAUUCGCAAUUACGGGCACUUGACGCUGCCCGAAGCACAUCUCGGAUCUCACAUCACAACCAGCAAUACCGAGAGUCGUCGCCAGAUGUCAGCAUUAAGCAGGCCGAACCUGUACGUACGUACUCUCCAGCAUUGGAACAUAACCAUUAUCCUAUGGAGCAAGAUCAACACAUGAUGGAGCCACCCAGUCCGCCACUCGCUCCAGGCAGUGCUGCUCUUGAGCAACGCGAGGCGGAUCGGGCUUUUUCGAGGUUUGAUCAAGGACCCAUGGAAGAUAUGCCAGCCUUUGUUCCCGAAGACAGUGACGAUGAGGAUUCUGCUGCUCCACCUGCAAUCCACCGUCGACCAAUGGGCCAGGAAUCCAGGAUACCUCGCCCAGUCACGCCACCUCAGCAGCAGGCCGCAUAUGGAAGGGAUGAUAUGUCAGAAGACUCGGUCGAUGUUGGCAGGCAAGCCUCACCUACACAGGAUAGAUGGGCGCAGAUCAGAAAGAAUGCUGCUGAUCGCGCAGCACGAUUAAGCGAAGAGCAGACGCGUCGCAGCCGAAGCCAAAGCCAAAGUCAGCGCACUGACGAAGGGGAGACCAGUGGUGAAGAGACAAUUGAGAGCCGUGUCGCUCGUAUCAAGGCCCGCGUGGCGGAACUGACUGGUAACGUCGAUGGAGUGCCCGGCAGACCUGGCGGUGCUAUGCGUUAGAACACUCGAUUCAUAUGAUCAGGUAUGUCCAGGAUCUAUCUUACGGUGGGCCGAUGGUUAAUAUCUGGUUAGAUCUUUCACAUGUCUACACAUACUGCCUAAUUCCUCAGCGUACAAAGAGCACAGAUACCCAUUUCCGUUUUGCUCUCGGACAUUUAAUACCCUCUUAUGUCUUCAGCGUUUCUGCUUUUGACUUACUGCGCUUCUUAUAAUUCAAUCUUUGUUCUCCAAGGUAAUUGAGAUGGACAAUAUCCAUACAAACAUAUGGACCUAGUCGAUUCAUGCAAAUAAGUAUCCCACUUUGGCAUGUAAUGCAUUUUGCAAAGGGCUUUCGAAUAUCAAUAGAUUCCUCAUCAAUAGAUCUCGAUUCAACGCUGUAUUGUACA